GUACUUUCAGAUGUAUAAUUUGUAGUUACUAUGGAUUACAAAAUUUUAAAUCCAAAUUUCAGAUACCAAUACUUAAUUCUAUAUUUAGUUAAUCAAAAUAAUAACGUGAAGGUUCCCAUAACCGUUAUCUUCAAAUUAAUGAACCUAAUUACAUUGUAAUCAACAUCAUAAAGAGCACAUUAUAGGGUGUAGACACGUCCGCGCUGUUUUGCUUUUAAUAUUUAGCAACCUUGUUUUUUUUAAAGUAAAUUUAUAUAUUUUAAACUUUAAUAAUUCAGAAUAAAAUAACUUAUCAUUGUGUUUAUAUGGAGGAAAACACAUUUUCAAUAUUUUAGAACAUAAAAAACUAAAGGAUAUCUGUUUGUGCCGGGUGCACUUGUGCAAUAUAUGGAUUUUAGUUUGACAGUUAGUUUGACUGAAGAAAUUGUAACUGACGAGAAAGGCAGUAGUUCAAAGAGCAGUUUAUUUCGAAAUAUUAAUGUAUUGAUUUGAAUGGGGGUAUAAUGCAUUUUAAAAACUGAAUAUAUUUAGUUUAAAUUAAAAAUAUGGCGGAAAUAACUUUAAAAAUUCAAGAUCAAGUUUUUAAUGUUAAUAAAGAAACAUUGUGCGAAUACAGUGAUUAUUUUCGGGCUAUGUUUAGUGGAAAUUAUGCUGAAAAUGAACAACAAGUAAUUUCAAUUGAUGUGUUAGAUCCUAAUAUAAUGAACAUUAUAGUGCAGUAUAUGCAAAUCGGUUUAAUAGAUCUUUCAGAAUUAGAUCUGCCUACUAUUGGGGAUAUAGCGAUAGCAGCAAAUUUUUUACAAAUAACCGAAUUGCUUAAACAGAUAGAGUAUACUUUAGAUUCACAAACCUGUGAAUCUAAUUUCAUGGAAACAAUGGCCAUAGCCGAAACCUCUACAUUUAGGAAAUUGGAACAGUAUUCUGCAGCUUAUGGACUCUAUGCAUUUAGAUCAAUGAAGCCAGAAUAUAUACCCACUAUUCACAAACUGGCUUGGUAUUUAUCACAUCCAUAUCUGGACUGUCAGUCAGAAUUGGAUGUCUUUAAAUUUGGAUUUCAAUGGGUGUUGAAAAAUGAAACUGGUGCUGAUGCUAUACUUAUUAUACUUGGCUGUUUGGAUAUGAAAACUAUGAGUAGUAACGACUUUGAAGAAAUGAAAGUGCUGAUGAAGGAUUUUGAAAACAGUUUAGCAGCAAAAGUAAUUGAGUGUAUCUGUGAAUUAUUGAAAAUGGAACAAGAAAUAUCCUUAGAGGUAUUAGAUAUGCAUAAAUUGGAUGUAUUAGAGAAGUUCAAUGAAAGAGUGUUGACUGAAAUCAAAAAUAUUGUUAAAGAGAGUAAGACUCGCCUUUUAAAAUAUACUCCGUUGAUUCCAAUGUGGUUACUGAAAGAUUCAAAGCCGGAACUGCUGCCACAUUGUAUGUACACUUAUACUAAAGACAAUGGAUUUGAAAAAUGGUUAGAGGUAGCUGAGAAGAAUUUAUGGGGUUGGAAUGUAGUGGCAUGGGGAUUGACAAAACUUGUUAUUGUUUGUGGUGAAUACGGAAGGGGCACUGGAACAUUCAUGAAAGAUGUCAAAGUUUAUGAUGUAUUGAGGAAAGAGUGGACGAGGCAUGGUGUUGAUUUACCUCCUAGAAGACACAGCGGUGUCGCUGUUGUUGGAGAUUCUCUCUAUAUUGUUGGUGGAGUAGGUGGGUUUAGGGUUGUGAUGGACACAGUUAUUAUGUAUGACUUAAAACAGCGUUCAUACAGGAAAAUUGCAAAACUCCCAGAUGCUAUACAAAACCCAGCUGUUUGUUCACAUGAGAACAGAGUUUAUGCCGCUGGACAGAAGAACAUUUAUCGCUACGAGGAUCUGGGCUCUACGGAUACUUGGAAAAAUAUUGUGGGGACCGAAAUCAGAAUGAGUUGUUUGAGAUCUUUCAAACAAUAUAUAUAUUGCAUGCAAGGAUACUUUAGUCACCUAUACAGAUUUCGGCCAGAUUUUGACCAAAGAUUGGAGCUCAUUACAUACUUCUCUAAUCUACCAGCUACUAUGUGUAAUUUAGGGGACAGUCUUAUAGUAUUCACUAGGACUGUUUGUGGUCAAUGCGAUAUUCUGGCUGUGGAAGAAUACAGAGGACAGUCUAAGGCGGAGAAGCCGAGGGUUCUGGCAACACUAUCGAAGACUUCCAUGAGAGUCAAUGAUGUCGCCGGGUCUUGUGCAUUAGUUAUGACAGUACCGCCAUUAAAGUCGCCGUUGUCUCAGUACCAGGAAAGAUAUUUAACGAGAUACAUCGAACCAGUAUGAAUUCUUAUAUAUGUAUGACUGUAUAAUAUUCUCUAGUCUUAAGUUCAAUGGUUUAUAAAUAAAAAACAUGUUUGUUAUUUAUUAAUUUACAUCUAUUUAGACGUUCAUUUACAAACAUACUAAUUGUUUGUGUACAUACAUUUGUACAUUAUUAUUAAAGUAUGUUCUGUUAAUAUUUAAAUUAACUUGUUACGUUAUGAUAGCAUUAUAUGCGAUUUCAAUGAGACUAGCGGUCAACAAUCAAUAAAAUAAAUCUUUGCAUAUGAUAAGAUACACAUUUUCAUGUAAUUAUUCAAAUUAUGUCGUCUAAAAACGAAGUUAACCGACGUUGAUGUUAAGCUAGGUUAUGUUAUUUACAAUGAGUAAAACUUAAUAGAAGCGAUUAUUAAUAUGUAUUAACAUUAAGGCCACUCGCAUUGAUUACUCUAUAUAUUAUAUGAAGCACCAUGUUAUAUUGUAAUGGCACUGUAUUUAUCUCUUACAGGACUAAAGUCAUGUGGCAGUCGUACUAAAUCAUGAGGAGCUCGUUCAGUUCAACUGUCUGUUGUAUUUGUAUAAGCA